UUCUUUCUUGACAACAAGCACGUUGGUGAUCAGCAGGAGUCUGAGGAUUGGAGAAUCCGCGGCUACAACCCUCUGAUCCCCCCUUACCUGCUUCAGGCCGAAAUCCCCCAGACUCCCGAAUCCAAGAAGACCGUCCAGCAGGGUCGCGAUGAGGUCGUUGCCGUCGUCACAGACACCGACGAGAAGAAGAGGCUUCUCGUCAUGGUUGGCCCAUGCUCCAUCCACGAUCCAGAGGCUGCCCUCGCCUACUGCAAGCUCCUGCUCGAGGCCAAGGAGAAGCACAAGGACGAGCUCGUGAUCGUCAUGCGCGCCUACCUCGAGAAGCCCCGCACCACCGUCGGCUGGAAGGGUCUCGUCAACGACCCCGACAUCGACGGCAGCUUCCAGAUCAACAAGGGCCUCCGCCUGUCGAGACAGCUCUUUGUCGACCUCACCAGCAGAGGCAUGCCCAUCGCCAGCGAAAUGCUCGACACCAUCUCUCCCCAGUUCCUCGCCGACCUGCUCUCCCUCGGAGCCAUUGGCGCCCGCACCACCGAGUCGCAGCUUCACCGUGAGCUCGCCAGCGGCCUGAGUUUCCCCGUCGGCUUCAAGAACGGCACGGACGGCUCCCUGAACGUCGCCAUCGACGCCAUUGGCGCCGUCGAGCACCCCCACCACUUCCUCUCAGUCACCAAGCCCGGCGUUGUCGCUAUCGUCGGCACGGUAGGGAACAAGGACUGCUUCGUCGUCCUCCGUGGCGGUACCAAGGGCACCAACUACGACGCGAAGAGCAUCGGCGAGGCCAAGGAGGCCCUUGCCAAGAAGAACGUGCGCCAGAGGCUCAUGGUCGACUGCAGCCACGGCAACUCCCUCAAGGACCACAAGAACCAGCCCAAGGUCGCUGCUGUCCUGGCAGAGCAGAUUUCCCAGGGCGAGACUGCCAUCAUGGGUGUUAUGAUUGAGAGCAAUAUCAACGAAGGUAACCAAAAGGUUGGCCCUGAGGGUCGCGCGGGACUCAAGCACGGCGUAAGUAUCACCGAUGCUUGUAUCAACUGGGAAGACACCGUAUCAGUUCUCGACAAUCUGGCCGAGGCCGUUAAGCAAAGACGCAAGGUCUUGGGUGGAAACUAA